CGAGAUAGGCGGCCGUGCAAGGACGCUGGUCAGGAAGGAGCACUCUUUGCGUUGUGGGUCAUGGCUGACACACAUUGCACCAGGUCGCCCAUCGUGUCCGAGCAUGAACACGGUCUGGGAUCCUCAGGCCUCCGUCGCAUCCGCCAACAGCCAGGCCCGAGACAGCUGCAGUCGACCCAACGAGCUGCUUCGCUGAACAUUUCCACGCCACCAGUAUCGAGACAUCCUUCCGAGUCUGCGCCCACCGCCCCCGCAUCACCGACCUUUGCUUUUGGUGAGGAUCUCACUCGCUUUCCCUCCGAGUCUCUACACUCGUUUUCUUUUGCGACGCAAUCAGAAGAGUUUAUACACAACCGCCAAAAUGUGCUGAAGCGGUCCAUCGAGUUUAUGCGCGACAGGCUGGGCUGGGCCGCGACAAAUCCUGGAAUAGCAAACGCCCAGGCAAAACUCAGCGGCGAUCAGGAGGUGCAGAGUAUGAUGGAGCUGCUUACAAGAGCAAACCUCAUAGGCCAAGACGGCACGGGAGCCCAUGGACUGGGUGCGCUGGGUCCCGUAACAGGGCCGGCGGACAUGUCUGGCGAGAACCCAUUCGAGAAGGGUUUCACAGUUGAUCGAUCAGCGAGCCCCGAGAGCAUGCUUGAGGCUGCGAGACCACCAGUACACAGAGUGACUACGACCGAUGUCAUCGACACCAGCAGUACACCAGAAGCUCGCCAAGAAGGAGUCUCACCGGGUACCGAAAUCGCCCCCAACGCGUUGAGCACACGAGCAGCGGCAGCUUCUCCGCCUCCACCACCUUCGCAACCUGCACGCCCCCAAAGAGCUGCGCUCAAACGAACUCUGACCGAUGUUGCGCCUCUUACGAUCCAGAGCCAACUCCACGAUGCACUAGCGCAGCCAUACCGGGUGGGAGACCAAGAGAAGAUCAGCGACCUCGUAUCCCCUACCAUUAUCCCAACUCUGCCGCCGAGUUUUAGCAAUGCACCAGGGCCUCAUUCCGCGGGAUCAGCACCACAUGGACAUGGAAGCCGACACGCUCCAGCAGCACAAGCCAUCUUCACCACCGAAACAGAUACGCCAUGGACCAUUACAUCUGCAAACGACUUGGCAUGCCUUGUAUUCGGUGUGACGAGGGCUGAGGUCCGCAAGCUGGGGAUACUGGAAGUCGUGCGAGAAGACCGUAGAAAGUGGCUCGAAAGCAAGCUCAGAGAUCCCGAGGUUGGCUCUAAGAAUGCACUGUCCGGAGCAUCUCCUGCAACUAACAACCUGAAAGUCGGCAGCGGUGUUACUGCACGGUUACUGAGCAAGGCUCCAUCGCGCGUGAUAGCCGCGAGGAAAGCACAGACAGACGAUGGCAGUGGAUCCUCGUACUACAAUGCGAAGAAGACAGGCAAGCUGAAUCAUGAACAUAAGGGCUCAAGAGGUGUUUUACUUUGUGGAGAUGUCAUUCCGAUCCAGAAGCGUAAUGGCUCAACUGGUUCUGCCAGCUUGUGGGUCAAAGAGAAGCGGGGUAGUCUCAUCUGGGUGCUUGAAGAGAUUGCGGAAGAUGUCGUAUAUAUCACGGUCGACGACGUAGGCUGCGUAUCCAAGGGCUGGGGCGCAACAGAAGCUGUCUUUGGGAGCGAUCGGUUACGGAGGGGAAUGGAUCUCAAGCGACUCAUACCAGGCAUACCACGACUCCGAGGAACAAACACUGGGGCGCUAGACUACGAGUCGAUCGACGAGUUUCGCAGCUACACCGCGCGGACUUCAAACAGCAUCAAUAUACCAGUAACCGUGGAGGCGAUGCCAGGCGAACCCACUUUCCGCAUCUCUAGUUUCCCACACAUCGCGGGCAUCAUCGUUUUAUCUUCCGACGAUCUCAAAAUCACAAGCUCCAAUUCCGUCUUUUCAUCAGCUCUGUUCGGACAACCACGACCCGAAGGUAUUCACGUGAGCAAGCUCAUACCCGCAUUCGACAAGAUACUGCAUGUCAUGACCGAUGAAGAUAAGAUCGAGCUGGUCGACGGAAUAGUCAUCCCCGAACACAGCUUCCGCCGUGCCCGUGCCCUGCUUGCAAUGCGGGAGGGUAGUGCAGAUGCGGCAGCCAUCUUCCUGCGACCAAGCGGAUUGCCAGCUCUACAUCGUGACGGUUCGGAAAUCAUGGUCGAUGUGCAGAUGCGAGUAGUGAAGAGCGAAAAGUCUCCUCGAUUCGAUGAAAAUGUCAUUGAAGAGGAAGAUGGAUCGUCCAAACCUACCAAGGGUCCAGAGCUGGUCUACGCUCUGUGGAUAACAUACUCCAGGCAGCUGCAUGCUGCAAACCAUGGUAUUGGUCCUGUGACUCCUCUUAUGUCACGACCACCUUCACCGCGCCAACCUGAACCAGGGCAGUCAAACUUCUCGGUACCGCAAGAACCUGAAUCGCACCAGUCGCAAGGAACGCCACCUGCAGUAUCACUCCUCACUCAGCAAAUACAGGAAGCCAUGCGACCUAACACUCCGCAACAAACCCAAACAAAAGCUAUGGCACCGCCACCGGUCCCUGUGCAGGAAGAGCCACCCAAGAAGAAGACUAUCAACGACUUUGUAGUGUUAGAAGACAUGGGCCAAGGCGCGUAUGGGCAAGUCAAGCUCUGUCGGUACAAAAAGGUCAGUAGCAAGAAAGUCGUGAUCAAGUAUGUCACGAAGCGGCGGAUUUUAGUCGACACAUGGACUCGAGACCGAAGACUAGGCACUGUGCCGCUCGAGAUUCAUGUGCUAGACUACCUCCGUCGUGACGGCUUCAAGCAUCCCAAUAUCGUAGAGAUGGCCGAUUUCUUCGAAGACGACAUCAACUAUUACAUUGAGAUGGUACCACACGGUCUGCCAGGUAUGGAUCUAUUCGACUAUAUUGAGCUGCGGGUCAACAUGGAAGAGAAGGAGUGCCGUAAGAUCUUUGUCCAAGUGGCAGAAGCGGUGCACCAUCUGCAUACUAAAGCGAAGGUCGUACACCGGGACAUCAAAGACGAGAACGUCGUCCUCGAUGGUGAAGGCAACAUCAAGCUCAUUGACUUCGGAAGCGCAGCAUAUAUCAAGAGUGGGCCGUUUGACGUCUUUGUCGGCACUAUUGACUACGCCGCCCCCGAAGUCCUAGCUGGAAAAGCUUAUCGCGGUAAAGAACAAGACGUCUGGGCGCUCGGCAUACUCCUCUACACAAUCAUCUACAAAGAAAACCCGUUCUACUCUAUCGACGAAAUCAUGGAUCACGAUCUACGCGUACCAUGGGUCAUGUCGGAAGAGAGCAUCGAUCUUGUGCGGCUGAUGCUAGAUCGAGACGUGGAAAAGAGGAUUACGAUCAGUAUGGUACUUGAACAUCCUUGGUGUAAGGGUGCUGGUGCGGGUGCUGGUAGUGGGGUUGCUGGGGAAACUGCCUAAGGCUGGAGGCGAUGAGGGACGAACAUCUAGAACGACUUUACGAUCACUUGCAUACGAAUGGAAUGGGACGGGGUGGUGCUGGUCGGAAUAGGGAUUGGCGUGCUUUUUUUUAAAGCGCUUCUCCUUUUUUUUCCGAUUUACACACAUUGUUCGCAAAACUGCGUUAUAUGCAUUACGGCAUUGUUUGGUAGGGCGAGAUGGAAAAAAUGAAUACCCAAUAUUUUUGUUUCUUACUGAUACCCUGUAUACCAUUGUUCAUGGGCGCAAGCUCGAACCUAAGCAAUUUAUGCUAUAGCGAUGAGCAUAACAGGCGUGCUAGCGCAUACUUCG